AUGGGGCGCGCGGGCGUGCUGCUGAUGCUGCGGCUGGGGAUGAACUGCAUCGACGCCGGCAAGCCCUACGAGCCCGAGAUGCUCAACUGGCUCAAAUUUGUGCGCUCCCAACGCGCGAACAGCGUCCAGCUGCAUGAACAAUGGUUGAUGUGCCACUUCUACCUCGCCUACUACCGUCUCCUCGUCACGGGACCCCUCGUCACCGAGCCCCAGAAGCUCGAAGAUACCCAGAAUCGGAUAGUGAAGUACUACAGAACGCACUGCAUGCAAAGAUGGUGG